AUGGCAGAAGCAAGCCGGGUCUUGCGGCCUGGCCCGCAAUCGCUGGAUGAGCUGUGCAGCUGGCCACUUACAGUCGUUCAAAGCCUCGUUUCUGCAAAGGAUGGCAAUGAUGGAGAGCGGUUUAGUCGUUUGAAGGCCUUGCUGGGGCGAGGGCUCUGGAUCGAUUCUGAUUACUCCGGAAUUGCUGGGGAGCAUGAAGUGAUGCACCAAAUGGUGGAAGCGUUGAAUCUGGUUGCGUCAGGUUCUGGCGUAGAAGCCUUGAAAGAUGUCAAGAUAGUACAUGGACGCUUUUGUGACAAGGCAAAGCAGCAGCAGCAGGUUCUGCGCUUCAUCAGCAGCUUGCACAACAACAGCAUUUGUGUUUUUGACGACUUGAACGACCGCCUGCCUGAGACAGCCCGGGCAGUCUUGGACAAUAUGACCCCGAAGCAGAAGAUAUCAAGCAAGGAAGCAGCGGACCUGUACCGGAACAUGUCAGAGAGAAUUCGUGCCAAUGCUUGGUUCAUGACAGACGCUGCCGUGGUGAAAGAUGCAGAGACCUCAGAGACCGAUCAGACCAUGCUGUCACCGUCACCGUUGUCGAGCCAGUCGGAGUCCAGCCUUUCAACAAGGCAUGUGAGGCGCAAGUUGUUUGCGUCAGAGUCGGAGUUGGAUUGCCCCGUGUCCAGGAGCAUUGCAGAAGAAGAGACUGAACGACCACAUGCGAUAUGGGCGAGUGAGCGUGUGGCUCGCGCUGAACAAGGGCUGGAAGAUUUCAUGAUCAGUGAAUGUACUCCCCGCUACCCAGUUCAGGAGAAGCUCUCUGCCUUGGAGAACACGCACGACGUCUUCAGCAUUGUGCUGUCUCCGAUGAUGCUUGGAUGGCCGGUCAGGCGCACGCGUGUGUUUACUUGUGCCUUGAAUCGUGAAACUAUGGCGUGGUUUGGACCUCCUGCGUCUGAGAUCUCUGCUCAUUUCAUGCAGUUCUUUGAAAGGAGCGUCGCAACAACCGGUGACAUUUGCUUGGCUGCUAAUGAUGCAGAAGUGCGUGCGUGCUUGUGUGAAAUGGCACGGAAGCGAGGCUUUGAGUUGCCAGAGAACGUUCCUUUGGAGAAUGUGCAGUUGCAUCACAUCUACGCACCAGGCCAGAUGGUGCGACUUCAGUCCUACGAGCAGGAUCGUCAGCGUCAUCUGGCCGAGACGGUUGAGGUUGACCAUGCUGCAGUUGGUGCUCUCAGUGCUGUCGACGGUGGCCCUAGUGCAUGGUUUGCAGACCUGGAGCAGAAUCUGGGCCAAGGUGCAAGCACUCCUUCAGAGAUGCUGCCCUCGGCUCUGACUCAUGGAACUUUGCACGCUUGGUCAGCAAACAGGCCGGUGCUGCCAAUGGAACAGUUUCUGGCGCACGGGUUCAAUGUCUUUCCAGACAGAAGCAAAUGGAAACGUGCUUGCUUGAUUACGGAUGCUUUGUCCGAUUUUUCUUCCUGCCAGCAGAAGAAGCUCCUUGGCAACGGCUGGCAUUUGCCAGUGAUUGCUUCAUGGAUGUUCUAUAUCAUGGCGCACACUGUGAAGCUUGAUCGCUCGGUGAGCAGACAGCCUGAAAGAACCUUGCUCAGGAAGGGCGGCUCUAGCUUCUCUAUCGGCCAGGGAAGUUCAACGCCAGACCUGUCUCUGGCUGCAGAUUCCCAAGAUGCCUCGGUGCAGGAUGAGUAG